UUUUUAAAAAAAAAUCGUGAGUUUUUUUUUUUGAAAGUUUUAAUCUUGGAAAUCUGUUUGUUUUAUACAUGUCUGAAAAUCGAUCUCAGAUGAUCUAGUGUUUGUUUCCAGAGAUUUUGAAUUUCGUCCAAGCGAAGUCGGCCGGAUACGAUGUCGUCUCUGAGUAGAGAGCUAGUGUUCUUGAUCUUACAGUUUCUGGAUGAAGAAAAGUUCAAAGAAACUGUUCACAAGCUCGAGCAGGAAUCUGGGUUUUUCUUUAACAUGAAAUAUUUUGAGGAUGAAGUUCAUAAUGGGAAUUGGGAUGAGGUUGAGAAGUAUCUGUCUGGUUUCACCAAGGUCGAUGAUAAUCGAUAUUCGAUGAAAAUCUUUUUCGAGAUCAGGAAGCAGAAGUAUCUUGAGGCAUUGGAUAAGCAUGACCGGUCGAAGGCCGUGGAGAUACUAGUGAAGGAUUUGAAAGUUUUUGCUACGUUCAAUGAGGAACUUUUUAAGGAAAUCACUCAGCUCUUGACAUUGGAGAAUUUCAGAGAGAACGAACAGUUGUCGAAGUAUGGAGAUACGAAAUCCGCUAGAGCAAUCAUGUUAGUUGAACUCAAGAAGCUUAUUGAGGCGAAUCCUUUAUUCCGAGACAAAUUGCAGUUCCCUAACCUUAAAAACUCGAGGUUACGCACCCUCAUUAACCAGAGCUUGAAUUGGCAGCAUCAGCUUUGUAAAAACCCGAGGUCAAACCCAGAUAUAAAAACUCUCUUUGUGGAUCACUCAUGUGGACAGCCAAAUGGUGCCCGAGCACCAUCACCUGGAAGCAAUCCACUUCUUGGAUCCUUACCUAAAGCUGGAGGUUUUCCUCCCCUAGGGGCCCAUGGGCCUUUUCAACCUACGCCUGCACAAGUUCCGGCACCCCUUGCAGGUUGGAUGUCAAAUCCUUCAGCUGUAACUCAUCCAGCUGUUUCUGGUGGAGCAAUCGGUCUUGGCCCUUCUUCAAUACCAGCCGCAUUGAAGCAUCCAAGGACUCCUCCAACAAACCCAUCUGUAGACUACCCAUCUGGGGACUCUGAUCAUGUUGCCAAAAGGACAAGGCCGAUGGGGAUAUCUGAUGAAGUAAAUCUUCCUGUCAAUGUGUUGCCGGUACCAUUUCAGGGCCAUGGUCACAGUCCGGCUUUCAGUGCACCCGAUGAUCUGCCGAGGGCUGUCGCAAGAGUUCUCAACCAGGGUUCAUCUCCUAUGAGCAUGGAUUUCCAUCCUGUUCAACAGACUCUACUUCUAGUUGGUACCAAUGUUGGAGACGUAGCAUUGUGGGAAGUUGGCUCUCGGGAGCGGCUGGUUUCCAAAAACUUCAAAGUUUGGGAUGUUAGUGCCUGUUCAAUGACUCUUCAGUCUGCUCUAGUCAAAGAUCCUGCUGUCUCUGUAAACCGUGUAAUUUGGAGCCCUGACGGUUCUUUAUUUGGCGUUGCUUACUCGAGGCACAUUGUGCAAAUAUAUUCUUAUCAUGGUGGCGAGGAGGUUCGACAACAUCUCGAGAUUGAUGCUCAUAUUGGUGGUGUAAAUGAUAUUGCAUUCUCUCAUCCAAAUAAGCAACUCUGUGUAAUAACUUGCGGUGAUGACAAGACAAUUAAGGUGUGGGAUGCUACUAAUGGUACAAAGCAGUACACCUUCGAAGGCCACGAGGCUCCUGUUUAUUCUGUCUGCCCGCACUAUAAAGAGAACAUUCAGUUUAUCUUUUCAACUGCUGUUGAUGGAAAGAUAAAGGCAUGGUUGUAUGAUAAUAUGGGUUCACGGGUUGACUAUGAAGCUCCUGGUCGUUGGUGCACAACCAUGGCCUACAGUGCUGAUGGUACAAGGCUCUUUUCUUGUGGCACCAGUAAAGAGGGGGAGUCUUCUAUCGUAGAAUGGAAUGAAAGUGAAGGGGCUGUGAAGCGAACCUAUCAAGGGUUCCGCAAACGUUCUUUAGGUGUUGUGCAGUUUGACACAACCAAGAACAGAUACUUGGCCGCUGGUGACGAUUUCUCGAUCAAAUUCUGGGAUAUGGACAACGUUCAACCUUUGACCAGUUUUGAUGCUGAAGGAGGACUUCCGGCAAGCCCACGCAUCCGCUUUAACAAGGAUGGCUCUCUCUUGGCUGUUUCCACCAAUGAUAACGGGCUUAAGAUUUUGGCAAAUAUAGAUGGCAUGCGAUUGUUGCGCACUUUGGAGAAUCUUUCUUAUGAUGCCUCGAGAACAGCCGAAGCCCCGAAGCCUACGAUAAAUCCAAUCUCUGCUGCAGCUGCUAGUAGUGCUGGGCUUGCAGAGAGAAGUGCCUCUGUGACUGCUAUUGCCGCAAUGAACGGGGAUGCUCGGAAUAUGGCGGAUGUAAAACCCAGAAUAACAGAAGAAUCCAGUGAUAAAUCAAAGAUUUGGAAGCUCACUGAAAUCAACAAACCAUCUCAGUGUCGAUCCUUGAGGCUCCCCGAAAACUUGAGGGUGAACAAGAUAUCGAGGUUGAUCUUUACAAAUUCAGGUAAUGCUAUUUUGGCAUUGGCAUCGAAUGCUAUUCACUUGCUGUGGAAGUGGCAGCGAAGUGAUCGCAACUCGAAUGGCAAGGCAACUGCGAGCGUAUCCCCUCAGUUGUGGCAACCAUCAAGUGGGAUUCUUAUGACCAAUGACGUUGCUGAUACAAAUCCGGAAGAGGCUGUACCGUGCUUUGCUUUGUCGAAGAAUGAUUCUUAUGUAAUGUCGGCAUCCGGAGGAAAGAUUUCCUUGUUUAAUAUGAUGACGUUUAAGACAAUGGCAACUUUCAUGCCACCGCCACCAGCGGCAACUUCGCUUGCAUUCCACCCUCAGGACAAUAAUAUUAUCGCUAUAGGCAUGGACGAUUCGACAAUUCAGAUAUAUAAUGUCCGUGUGGAUGAGGUGAAGAGUAAACUUAAAGGCCACUCCAAACGGAUAACUGGCCUCGCCUUUUCGCAUGUACUGAAUGUGCUCGUCUCAUCCGGAGCCGAUUCUCAGCUUUGCGUGUGGAACACCGACGGAUGGGAAAAGCAGAAGAGUAGAUUCUUGCAGGUUCCAGCAGGGAGAACACCAACAGCACUGUCGGACACUCGUGUACAAUUCCAUCAAGACCAGAUACAUUUUCUUGUCGUGCACGAGACUCAGCUUGCCAUAUUCGAAACAACGAUGCUAGACUGCGUGAAGCAGUGGGCCCCACGCGAUUCUUCUGCUCCGAUAACGCACGCGACGUUCUCUUGCGAUAGCCAGCUAGUAUAUGCCAGCUUUUCGGAUGCAUCCGUUUGUGUGUUUAAUGCUGCAAACCUCAGGUUGCGAUGUCGUAUAAAUCCUACUGCAUAUCUUCCGGCUAGUGUCAGCUCCGGCAUUCACCCGCUUGUAAUCGCCGCACAUCCGUCCGAGGCAAAUGAAUUCGCAUUGGGACUAUCGGAUGGCGGGGUUCAUGUAUUUGAGCCUCUCGAAUCCGAAAACAAAUGGGGUGUGCCUCCACCGGUUGAAAACGGCUCAGCUAGCAGUAUGGCAGCAACACCUUCGGUUGGAGCACCAGGAUCAGAACAAGCCCAGAGAUGAUACCUAAUUUAGGUAUGCUUGUUACAACAGCAGGAUAACCCCCCCCCCUUACGUUUGCUCGACCGACCGAAACGCUGCAGCGUCCGAUCGGAUUUUAUUUAACCAAUCUUUUAUUUUUCCUUCUAAAAUUUGCAGCUUGACAAUCAAAGAUAUGUGAACUCUAAGAACAAACAUCCCAAGAUGUAGAUUUUAACAUAUUUUGUAUGCAAGGCAAAUGGACCGAAGUUACCUUGAUUCGA